AUGCGUAAGUCAUUUUUCUUUUGCAGUUUCCACGAUAAAAAUUAUCAUUAUGAAAGUAACAAAACAUGUAGCGCAGUAUCAACAAGCCAAACUAGGGUAUCAGUGCAUCGCUUACCUAAGUCACUUCAUCCUGUCAGGUACAUUUUGCAAGUAAAGGUCUAUUUACCUGGCUAUUCCACAGUAGUAAACACAAAAACAGAUACUUUCGAAAUAAAUGUUACCGUUGAAUUUCGUGCACAAUCACCAACUGAUCGUAUAAUCUUGAAUGCUGAUAAAUUACAUUUUGAAAGUUAUCAACUGCUUGCUGGAAAUGAAACUAAUCAGAUUACAUCAAUUACAAUCAAUCAUGCACAGCAAACAGUCAUUUUUGAGACGAAUGAAAUACUACGCGUUGGAAAACUGUAUGCGAUACAGAUGAAAUGUUCGGGAAAACUAGGUAAACUUUCUGGUCUAUACAUGACUGAAUAUCGUGAUGCAACAGGUGGCAAAAGAUAUAUGGCCAUAACUCAAAUGCAACCAACAGAUGCAAGAAAAUUACUGCCGUGUUUUGAUGAGCCCGAAUUCAAAGCAAUUUGGAAUGUUACCGUAAUACAUCCACAUGGAACGAUAGCACUCAGCAAUGGACUGGAAUUGAAAACAUCAGUUCAUGGAAAUGACUCACAAUGGGUUUGCACAUAUUUUGAAGAAACUUUGCCGAUGUCAUCGUAUCUGUUGGCAAUUGCAGUUACUGAUUUUGAACAUUUAGAAGCAAAAACUAAACGAGGCAUACAAUUUCGAAUUUGGUCUCGGAGGGAAGCCUUAAACCAAACAAAGUAUGCUUUAGAGCUUGGAGUUAAAUCGAUCGAAUUUUUUGAAAAUUAUUAUGGUAUUCCUUUUCCACUGCGAAAACAAGACAUGAUUGCGGUGCCAGAUUUUGCGGCUGGAGCGAUGGAAAAUUGGGGCUUAAUCACUUUUAGUGAGCUAGCACUUUUGUAUGAUUCCAGAUUAUACAGCCGAGACCAAAAACUUUACAUUGCUAUUACUAUUGCGCAUGAACUAGCUCAUCAAUGGUUUGGAAACUUGGUGACCAUGAAAUGGUGGGAUGAUUUGUGGCUUAAUGAAGGAUUUGCUACUUUCAUGCAAUAUUUGGGAGCAAGUGCCGCUACUGAUGGCAAUAUACCGCGGGGUUCAUCAUUUUUGUACAUGACGGAGCAAGUAUUAGGUCCCGAGAGUUUUAAAAAUGGCACGAACAUUUAUCUAAAACAUUUUGAAUAUCGAAACGCUGAUCAUUCUAACUUGUGGGAUGCAUUUCAUGAAGCUUAUUCCGCGAAUAGUGCCAAAAACUCAUCAGCUUAUUUUAAUAUUAAACAGUUUUCUUCAAGUUGGAUCACUCAGGUUGGCUAUCCAGUGAUAAAUGUGCAAAGAUUAGAUUCAGAAACAGUCGAGUUACGACAAAAGCGAUUUUUGUACGGUCAAGAAAGUAGGCUGAUUGACGAAAGCCAUGUGUACAGCAUACCAUUAUGGUACCAAAUAAAUGAUGCUGCUCAACCUUUGCAGUGGCUUCAUCAUGAAUUUCGAAAUCUAUCCGUACCCGAAAGUAGCUUAUUUGUAUUGAACACAUUAGCUCGAGGGUUUUAUCGCGUGAAUUAUGAUCUUCCAAACUGGCUAAAAAUAACAAAACAACUUAUCACUGAUCAUAAGGCAUUGAAUGUACGCACCCGAUCAAUGAUUAUUGAUGAUGCAUUUGCUUUAGCAGAAGGUGGUAUGUUAAACUACGAAGUAACGUUGAAUAUUACACGUUACUUAAGAUAUGAAGAAGAAUAUUUACCGUGGUCCAAAGCAUUUGCUGGAUUUGAUAGAAUUGCCCGAUAUUUUGGUAAUGAACCAGAAUUUCGUUAUAUGAAAGUAAGGAGGACGAAUUUUUCAGAAAAUUGUAAAUAUAAAAUUAGUAUUGCUUUACAUUGUCGAACUAAAUUGACGAAACCUUUUAGCAUUCAAUAUAUGGAAUAUUUGCUUGCUCCAAUUUUCAAUUCUGUUAAUUGGACUGCAUUGGAAAGUAAUAACCAAAUUGAUAGCAAUGUGCUCAAGAAUCUUUUGAAAGAACAUGCAGUUGCACACAGUUGCCGCAUUGGUACUCAGAGAUGUAUCGAUAAAUUACAAAACUAUUUUACGAAUAGUUUUCUGAAUGCAUGUACAAAUACAACACUGAUGAGCAGUGAGUGUAGUGUGAGACAUGGUUCAAUCGAUCUCUGGAAAAUGCUUUUUGAUUUUUAUAAAAAGGAAAGAGCACAGGUAGAACAGCAUUUCUUGUUGCUUGCAUUAUCGUGUACCUCCGAUACUACCAUAUUGAAAGUGUAA